AUGCUUUCUGGAUACGACGUUGGCUUUAUCAAUGAUGCUGUUAACCCCAGCUGCACUUCUGGAAUCCUUAGUGGGAGAAGUGGUAACACAGGUGCUAAUAAUAAUAAUAAUAAUAAUAAUAAUAAUAAUAAAAAUAACAGCAAAAAUAUUAAUAAAACCAACAACAACACAACCACUGCCGCUAACGCCGCCUCCUCUAUUAAUUCUACUCCUACUGCAUUCUCUGAAAAUAACAAAGAUGAACCUCCAGUCCAUUCUUCAAAAUCAUCUUCUACACAAUCAUCAUCUUCACCUCAAAUUCCUCUUUCAACCAAUUCAUCAAACCAACCUACUACAUUGCCAGCAGAAUCUAUCCAAAAUCAACCAUCCAAUAUCACCUCAACUACCCCGACAACAGAUACUUGUUCACAAUCAUCAUCUUCAGAUAUUGAAGAGGCAAGAUUCCGUAAAUUCCAACAAGAUCUUCUUGUUUCACUAUCAAGCACCCUUCUCUACCAAUUUGAUACUCUUCUCAGCCAUACAAAUCUCGGCAUUGGUGGCCUCAAGCACACGGCAAAUCUCCUCCGGCCUCCAACCAUUGACCAAGACGAACCAGAAAAGGAUGAAUCUACUUUAGAAUUCCCUUCCAAUCCUUCUAUUGUUCAGCAAAUCCAAAGCUAUAAACAAGUGGUAACCAAUCUCGAAAACAAGGUUGGUGAGUUUGAAGGUUUUUUGCAGUCCCGCUUUGUCAACAUCCGCAAAGGUUUAAAUGACAGCAAAAGAAUUCUCGAAUCGUCUGGCUUUAACCGUGAUUCUAUUCAACCCAUUUCCAAAAAAGAUUCUUCUCCUACUGAUGCUUCUUUUAAUGAUAAACAGUUAUAUGGCAAAAAGUUUGAAGAAGAAACAGAUCAUCAUGAAGAUGAUAACGACUCUCUUGAGCUUAUUUCACCCAAAGACGAGACAUGCGUUGAAAAUGAAAGAGCCAAGUACCAACAAAGUUUUUCAUCCACUUAUCAUCAAAGACAAACUCUUGUAGAAGAAGAAGAAGAAGAAGAUGAUGAUGAUGAUGAUGAUGACGAUGACGAAGAUAAUAACGAAGAUGAUGAGGAUGAUGAUGACGAAGCUACUCAAGUUCAAAAGGAACAAUCAUCUUUUUCAUUUUCAGGUGAAGCAUUUUUCCCUAGCUCUAUUUCUUCUACUUCUUCAGCAACAACAGCUGUCAUAAGUGAAGAAGAAAUUCCAUCCAAACAUGCAGAUGAAAUUGAAAUCAUUGGCUUGGAAGGUUCAGAACCUCGUCCCUCAGCAUUUUCUUCUAGCAAGAUAUCUUCAGCACCAUCACAUCAAGGUACCAAGGAAAAACGGGAUCGUAGUAGUAGUACUGCAGAUAGCACUGCGGCAGAAAGCAUUGCAGCAGAUAGCAUUAUUGAUGGUGUUGCAGAUAGCACUACUACUGGACUUUCUCCUGACAAGAAGCUACGCAAUAAUAGUAAGCUUUGGUGGACAGAGGAGUUGCAAUACCUUAAGCAUGAAGUUACACUUUCCAGGGGUCUUGUUCGAUUAUUUGGAGAUGAUGAGUCAAAGCAGCGAGCAAAGGACACAAUCAAUCAUUAUCACCGAGCCAUUCGAGACCGCAAAAAUGAAUUUUUUAAUGAGUUGGGAGAGAAUGGUGGUGGUGGUAAUGAGGGAUCUAAACUUCAUGCUAGUGGGAGCGGUAAAUCCAUUCCUUCAACCCCACACAAUCUGAGCAGGAGCAGUAGCAUCAAUAGCACAGGUGUGAUUCUACAUCACUUGUUGCAAAACCCACUGGCUCAGUCCCCGAGUUGGUUGCUGCAAUCUGUGCCAUGCUCGCCAGUGCAGCCGGACUGUUAUCCACUAGGCAUCAAUGGUCAUUAUCAGCCAAAGCAGCAACCACAACAAUCACAAAAACCACAACAAUUUCAACAUUCACAAAAAUCACAACAACAACAACAACAACAACAACAACAACAACAACAUCAGCAUACUAAGCAUCAACCUAACAAUCAAAAUACCAACAAUCAAUACCAAACACAACGGCCGCGGUUUAACAAUAAUAAUAACAGUAUUAAUUAUAAAGUGAGAAAUAACUCACAAAAUAACCGAGAUGGUUCUUCCAAACCCAAUAACAAUAAUAAAAAUAAUAAUAACGGUAAUAAUAACGGCAAUAAUAAUAAUAAUAAGGGCUUCAGAAAUUACAAAAAUAAAGGGAUUAGACAAUUUUCACCACAGCAUUAUCAGUACCAUUCUCAACCAAAUCAGCACUUGCCACAACAUUAUCAUCACAAUUUCUACAAUGCACAAUACGCCAACUAUGCUGGUUAUAGCGGGCUGAUGCCUAUUGGCACUCCAGUAGUUCAUGCAGCAGCGACUGCCGCGACUGCAGUAGCUGCAUCUCUGGCUACAUCAUCAUCUACUGGUGCAUCUUCUGGUGUUACUACUGCCAGCUCAACAACAGCAGCGAUUCCAGUAUCACCCAUGAGUCCAGGAGGAUACUAUGAUCCGCAUGUUCAAGUGCAUUUGCAGCAGCUUCAAAUUCAGAUUCAGCAAAACCAGCAUCAACAAGAAGUUUAUCAGAACCUGUUGAGUUAUUACAGCACACUUCAAGAGAAAAUUGAGCAUGAUCGGUAUGAAGAGAGUUUAGCGGCAAAAGUUUUAGCAAAACAAAAGAUUGAAAAUAAGGUUUUGGUGUCUGAAAAGGAAAAAGAUGAUGAAGAUGAUGAAGCUGAUGAAGCUGAUGUUGAAGCUGUUAAUAAUGAUAAAGUUUUGGUAACUGAGACUAAGGUUGAAGUGUUGGUGGCUGAAACCAAGGUUGAAUCAAUUUCCACGGCUUAA